CAGAGCAAGUAUCUCUUAACCAAGAUCAAGAAUCGAUCCCAAAAGAACUAUCUGAUACUGGGUGUUCUGCUUCUGAAAAGAUACUAGUGAUAUCCAAUCCUGUGAUUGAAAUUUCAGCAGAUAUUGAUGGACAGUCUCAAAAAUAUAUUCUUGGUUCUUCUAAUGAUAUAUUAUCACAAUAG